AUGUCGUCCUACUCGGCAUCGUCGUCCGGCUCCCGGGGUCCCUCGGCCGUCGCGGACUCGUUGUAUUCGGCGGAUGUCACGACCACCUACGCAGCGAAGUCGGGCACGACGGGCAAGAAGGGCAAGAAGGGCAAGAAGGGCAAGAAGGGCAAGAAGGGCAAAAACAAGAAGGUCGCGGCCGCAGAGGUCUCUGAUGGCUCGGCGGGCGACCACGCUGCACCUGCGCUUUCGUCUUACUCGGGCGAUGCGGCCGGCUACCAGGGCCUCUCGCCCGUGGCGGACUCGUCGUAUUCAGCUGAUACCGCCACCAACUACGCACCGAAGCGCGGCAAGAAGGGCAAGAAGGGCAAGAAGGGCAAGAAGGGCAAGAAGGGCAAGAAGGGCAAGAAGGGCAAAAGCAAGAAGGUUGCGGCCGCAGAGGUCUCUGAUGGCUUGGCGGGCGACCACGCUGCACCUGCACCAUCGUCCUACUCGGGCGAUGCGGCCGGCUACCGGGGCCUCUCGCCAGCCACCGACUCAUCCUACUCGGCCGAUGCUGCCACCAACUACGCACCGAAGCAGGUCUCUGAUGGCUCGGCGGGCGACCACGCCGCACCUGCGCUCUCGUCCUACUCGGGCGAUGCGGCCGGCUACCGGGGCCUCUCGCCAGCCACCGACUCAUCCUACUCGGCCGAUGCCGCCACCAACGACGCACCGAAGCGUGGCAAGAAGGGGAGGAAGGGAAGGAAUGGCAAGAAGGGCAAAAGCAAGAAGGUUGCGGCCGCAGAGGUCUCUGAUGGCUCGGCGGGUGACCACGCUGCACCUGCGCCCUCGUCUUACUCGGGCGAUGCGGCCGGCUACCGGGACCUCUCGCCCGUGGCGGACUCGUCGUAUUCAGCUGAUGCCGCCACCAACUACGCACCAAAGGCCAACGCAAAGAAGAAGAAAAUGUCGCGUGCUGCGCUUGCUGCGUCGUCCUACAACUCACCUAGAGACACGGCGUUCUCAUCGUCACCAGCGGGCUCAGCCUCGUCGUAUGGUACUGAUCACCUUCGCCGAACUACAGAAGCAUUCACUCGCCGCUCCGAGCGGGAAAUGUCGUCCUACUCGGGCGAUGCGGCCGGCUACCGGGGCCUCUCGCCCGUGGCGGACUCGUCGUACUCAGCUGAUGCCGCCACCAACUACGCACCGAAGCGCGGCAAGAAGGGCAAGAAGGGCAAGAAGGGCAAGAAGGGCAAAAGCAAGAAGGUCGCGGCCGCAGAGGUCUCUGAUGGCUCGGCGGGCGACCACGCCGCACCUGCGCUCUCGUCCUACUCGGGCGAUGCGGCCGGCUACCAGGGCCUCUCGCCCGUGGCGGACUCGUCGUAUUCAGCUGAUACCGCCACCAACUACGCACCGAAGCGCGGCAAGAAGGGCAAGAAGGGCAAGAAGGGCAAGAAGGGCAAGAAGGGCAAAAACAAGAAGGUUGCGGCCGCAGAGGUCUCUGAUGGCUCGGCGGGUGACCACGCCGCACCUGCACCAUCAUCCUACUCGGGCGAUGCGGCCGGCUACCGCGGUCUCUUGCCAGCCACCGACUCAUCCUACUCGGCCGAUGCCGCCACCAACUAUGCACCAAAGACCAAGGCAAAGAAGAAGAAAAGGUCGCGCGCCGCACCCGCCCCGCUGUCCAGCGAGUCUUCAGGCGAUCGCGCGACGCCGCCCUCGCUCUCGUCUUCAACGGAGAGUGAGUAUUCGACCGACAUGGCGAUGUACUCGCUCCGCAACCGGGAGCUUUCGUCGUAUUCGACCAACGCCCGCGCCGCGUACCGUUCUCGCUUGCCGCCAACCUCGAACACGUCGUCAUUUCUUCCGCCACGCCGUCGCAGACACAUCCACCCGUCCAUGUUUGAUGCCGACACGGACUACGUCGACUUUCUGCGCCCGGGCGAGACCACCACUGCGCUCACCCGCGAGCCGUCGGCCUCGCCGCGCGCCGGCCGCUACCCGUCACGCAACUCGCACAAAGGUCGCUCCGCGCCCUACUCACAGUCGUACUACUCGGACGACGCCUACUCGGACUACGGCUACGCCGUCUCGCUCCGCAUCCCUAUCCACGCCGACCAGACCUUCCGGCCGCAGACCCUCACUCUCGAGUGA